AUGGGUAGGGAGGGUGAGAGUCUCGUUGCUGCGAGCAGCUUGAGAGCUUUGUGUUGCAAAGCUAAAGAAAUCCUUACAAAAGAAUCCAACGUUCAAGAGGUACGUUGCCCCGUCACCGUCUGUGGGGAUGUCCACGGUCAAUUCCACGACCUCAUGGAACUCUUUAGGAUUGGUGGGAAGUCACCAGACACCAACUACCUGUUCAUGGGAGACUACGUGGACAGAGGCUAUUACUCGGUGGAAACGGUGACUCUCCUAGUAGCAUUAAAGGUGCGUUACCCUGAGCGCAUCACCAUCCUGAGGGGCAACCACGAGAGCAGGCAGAUCACCCAGGUGUACGGCUUCUACGACGAGUGUCUGCGCAAGUACGGCAACGCCAACGUCUGGAAGUACUUCACAGACCUCUUUGAUUACCUUCCCCUUACAGCUCUAGUAGAUGGCCAGAUAUUCUGUCUCCACGGUGGCCUCUCUCCAUCCAUAGAUACACUGGAUCAUAUCAGGGCUCUGGACCGCCUGCAGGAAGUUCCACACGAGGGUCCCAUGUGUGAUCUCUUGUGGUCGGAUCCGGACGACCGCGGUGGCUGGGGUAUAUCUCCACGUGGUGCUGGCUACACGUUUGGACAAGAUAUUUCUGAAACAUUUAACCAUGCCAAUGGUCUCACGCUGGUCUCCCGUGCUCACCAACUUGUCAUGGAGGGUUAUAACUGGUGCCACGACCGAAACGUGGUGACCAUCUUCAGUGCACCCAAUUACUGCUACCGCUGCGGGAACCAGGCUGCUAUCAUGGAACUAGAUGACACUUUAAAAUAUUCCUUCCUCCAGUUUGACCCAGCACCUCGUCGUGGGGAGCCUCACGUUACCCGUCGUACCCCAGACUACUUCCUAUAAACCCUCUCCCAAACCUUUGUAGAGGGAAGUACAACCUGGCAUAUUUUAAAGAGCAACAAUAUUUACACCUUUCUGUAAGAACCCGGGGUUCGUCUCAACUUCAAACUCCCCAUCAUGGACCAAAACGUGCCAUACAGAGGACGAAGAGCAUUUAGCACAACUUGAGACUGAAUUCCUUACAACACUAUUAUCUUUACCUUUCUACCCCAUCAGCCCAACAGUUUGUUUGCCUGCUGUAUUUGUAGUCAUUGGUUUGUUUUUCUUCUGGACUGUUCAGAGAGGAAAAAGGUCACUCUGGUUAACACUUCCAUCCCCUUUGGCUCUUUGUACAUUUUUAGUUCUUAGUGGUUAACUGGCAUGACUUAGAGGUGAUUUUUCUCUGAGGGAGGUGCACACUAACUUCUUCCCCCACCACUCUUUGUGUUUUACUGAAAGACCCAUCAACCUGAACUGGAGAAA